CAAAUCCAGAAGCAGCAAUAAGGAAGAAGAAUUGUAUUGUUACAGAAAGCGCUAUGGAUUUUGCCAUUACGAGUCAGAAUCCAUUGUCAACCACGACAAUAACCAGCGCGUUGUUUUCUAAUAAAAAAUCUGCAAAUUUUAGGGUUUUCACUGUUAGAUGUUCUUCUAAAACCCUCUCCUCUGAUGGUACACCCUCUGGUCUUGUUGAAAGACCAUGGAAGGUAGCAGAUGCUAGACUUGUUCUCGAAGAUGGUUCAAUUUGGAAGGCCAAAUCAUUUGGUGCUUCUGGAACCCAAGUUGGAGAAGUUGUUUUUAAUACAUCUUUAACUGGGUAUCAGGAGAUCCUUACAGAUCCCAGUUAUGCGGGCCAGUUUGUCUUGAUGACUAACCCUCAUAUCGGGAAUACUGGCGUCAAUUUUGGCGAUGAAGAAUCGAUGCAGUGCUUUCUUGCAGGAUUAGUCAUUAGAAGUUUAAGUAUCAGCACCUCAAAUUGGAGAUGCAAAGAGACACUUGAUGACUAUUUGGCUAAAAGGAACAUCAUGGGUAUAUAUGAUGUAGACACUCGUGCAAUUACGCGAAGAUUGAGACAAGACGGAAGCCUCAUUGGAGUCCUGAGCACGGAAAAUUCAAAAAGUGAUGAAGAACUUCUCGAAAUGUCUCGUACAUGGGACAUAGUGGGUGUGGAUUUAAUCAGUGGUGUUUCAUGCAAAUCUCCUUAUGAAUGGGUUGAUAGAACAGCCUCAGAUUGGGAUUUUAAUGAUAAUGGAAGAAAUAAAGAAACUUUUAAUGUUGUUGCAUAUGAUUUUGGAAUCAAGCAUAAUAUACUUCGGCGCUUAGCAUCCUAUGGCUGUAAAAUCACUGUUGUUCCUUCAACAUGGCCAGCGUCUGAAACUCUAAAAAUGAAACCUGAUGGGGUUCUCUUCAGCAAUGGGCCAGGAGAUCCCUCUGCAGUUCCCUAUGCAGUUGAAGCAGUAAAAGAACUUAUUGGAAAAGUUCCUGUUUUUGGCAUUUGUAUGGGUCACCAGUUACUUGGUCAAGCAUUGGGGGGUAAGACAUUCAAAAUGAAAUUUGGUCAUCAUGGAGGAAAUCAUCCAGUUCGAAACCUUCGAAAUGGCUGCGUCGAGAUCAGUGCUCAGAAUCACAACUAUGCUGUUGACCCUGAGUCUCUUCCAGAAGGUGUAGAAGUGACUCAUGUAAAUUUAAAUGAUGGAAGUUGUGCUGGUCUUGCCUCCUUUAAAAUGAAGCUGAUGUCACUUCAAUACCAUCCCGAAGCAUCUCCAGGGCCUCAUGAUUCAGAUCCUGUAUUUGGGGAAUUUAUACAACUUAUGAAGCAAGAAAAAGUGACGGCAUAAGCCAAUUGC